UGAAUAGUUCCUGCAGUGGACCGGUGAUCCCAACCCUCCUCUCGGGAUAUCCGACCCACGGCGUUCGUCAUGGCCGGUGACUCUUGGCUGGUGACAGGCUUCGGGCAUUCUGCCCUGUGGCUUCAACCUGGUUGUCCGGUUCGCUGCAACCCCGGCAAUAGUAGGCAGCGAUAUGUCGGAACCUUUCUGUCCAUCCGCAGAAGUCUUGUUUGACGAUCCGGGCAUUCCGGGUCGUCGGACGCCGUUGGCCCAGCAAAGGGUAUAAAAUGGGAGAAUAAUGCCAGAGAAUAGCCCUAUCAGCAGUCAGCAAAGAUCUAAUCAGGAUCUAAAGCAUCUCAUCAUGCGCUCUCUUCUCCUCUCCUCUCUUUUGACCCUCACCUCUGCCCUCUCCCUCGAGGACCUCUAUGUCUCCGAGGCCCCCUCCUCCCCGCGCCCCUAUAUCCUUCCACAUUAUGAGAACUCCCACGCAGUGACUAUUGGCUCCCAGCUGUACCGCUUCAGUGUCACUGGCCCAUCAUCCGGCAAUGCCUUUACGUUGAUGAACACCAACGCGCCCUCUAGUGGCUCCCUUGGUGUCCUCCCACACAUCCACCAAAAGCAUUAUGAGAACUUCUUCAACUUCAAAGGACGGUUCCAGCUAUGGGCCCAACACGGGGAUGACGAGCAGGAGGGCCGUCUCCUGACACAGGGCGAUUUCGGGUCUGUGCCUCGAAACACAACGCACACCUUUCAGAUCUUAGACCCCGAUACUGAGAUGGUCGGGGUCAUCGUCCCCGGUGGAUUCGAGUAUGUCUUCCCCCCAUCUGACAUAUUAGCCAUAAUAACCAUAAGGAAUAGGGACCUCUUCUACGCCCUCGGGACAAACUACACCUCUGGCACCGACACCCCCUACGUACCUGGCUCCAGCAACUCCUCUUCCUCCUCUGCCACCGGCCCCGGCAGCAGCACCAUCUCCCACCUGCAACAAUACGACGUCUACGCACAAUUAGACUUCAACCCCCGUCGGGAUCUGAUCAACGGCUCCGCCCCCUCUGACUCAGGCUGGCACACAGAAUCCAACACCCUGGGGGAACCCACCAAGUCGUACUUCAUCGCCAACAACUACGGCCCCAAGUACCUGAACUCACAAUAUGGGGCGUACCAGAUCGUGCAGCCACUGGUAACAACCACCCAGGCACAAGAUCUGACUUAUACCAUAUCCACCAUCAUCUUGAGUCGGCAGACGGGCACGACAGCCCCAACAUGGAAUGCAACGUCCGGACCCGUGGCGUUCGAAGUACUGGAGGGAGCGGUGCGGGUGCAGAUCGGAGAAUAUCCGACAGCGAGGCUGGAGACGGGUGAUGUGGCGUUUGUGCCGGCGGGAGUGGUGUAUCAGUAUUGGAACGAGGCGGCGUAUGCAAAGGUGUUGUAUGUUUCUUCGGGCGACGAAGGGGUGGAUGGGAAGCUGAUCAAGGGGGGAAGGACCUGGCAGGAUCCUGUAUGGCCCACGUCUUAAUUUCUUAUUAACUAGGUCCGAGCGA